GUGUGAAUUUAUGCAAUUGGCGUAAGUUUUCAAUACAAGUUUUGAGGGGAAGCUAUUAUGGAUGCGAAAGCUGCGCAAACGUUGCAACUUUCAGCUAUGCUUCAACCAGAGACGAUGCGGUCAAAACCCAGUGGCGCCUCUUCUCUGAGAAUAUCACGUGAACCGCACAAAAAGUUUCUCCGGGUUUCGGUUUCGGUUAAGUUGCAGCCUGUAAGAACUUCCAUGAUUCGGCGUAGGGUAACACCUUUGGAGGUUACUCGUUCGUACGAAAAUAUCGCAGCUUCGACAUUGGAAUCUGGAACCUGUCAUGCUCCUCUUGAUGAAGAAUUGAUUUUGAAGAGUAGAUCACAAGAGAUCGAUCCAUAUUUAAAUGGACGCUGUAUAUAUCUUGUUGGAAUGAUGGGCUCUGGGAAGACAACUGUGGGGAAGAUUAUGGCACAAGUGCUUGGCUAUUCUUUCUGUGAUAGUGAUGCAUUGGUGGAGGAGGAGGUUGGGAAUUCUGUAGCUGAUAUAUUCAAGCACUAUGGAGAAGCUUUCUUUCGCGACAAAGAGACUGAGGUAUUGCAUAAACUGUCCCUGAUGCGUAGAAUUGUUAUUUCUACUGGUGGAGGUGUUGUUAUUAGGCCCAUCAAUUGGAAACAUAUGCACAAGGGCGUCAGUGUUUGGUUGGAUGUGCCGCUGGAAGCCUUGGCACAAAGAAUCGCUGCUAUAGGAACUAAUUCUCGCCCCCUUCUACAUUAUGAAGCAGGAGAUGCAUACACCCGGGCUCUCCUGAAGUUAUCUGCUCUUUUUGAAGAAAGAGGUGAUUCAUAUGCCAAUGCCAAUGCCAGGGUCUCAUUAGAAAAGAUAGCAGCAAAACUGGGCCAAAGAGAUGUGUCCAAACUGUCACCAACUGCUAUUGCAAUUGAGGCAUUGGAACAAAUUGAAGUCUUUUUGAAGGAAGAAGACAACAAUUACGCAGAACACUAAUAGAAACACAGACACAAGCAUUGUUGACGUGUUUAUAUUUUUUUCUUGAGUUGUGAUAUGCAAUCAAGGCCAUGAUAAUAUCGUGCCAUGUCAAUAUGUUUCGGGUU